AGAUCAGUGCAACACUCACGCCCAAAAUACACACGCGACAGCAGCCAACUCGUGCCCAGACGCCCUGGGUACGAGACGAACACGAAAAUUUACAACAUGAUUCACUCGUCAAUGUGCACGAUUGAUGUGCGGUCAUCGUCGUCGUAGGCGCUGUGAGACCGCGUCCGGGACGAGGGCGACAAAGACGAUAUCGCGGGUUUCCGGUCCAAUUACCGUCUCGAAAAAACGUUGGAUGUCGGUUUUUGAAAAUCCUCGAAGAUUCGGUGCCGCUGCCGGUUUUUUCGCUAACGGACUAUUCGUGCGAAACCAAAACCGAGCGCCGCGCGUGCAGCGCGAACGCUUAAGCCGUUGAAAACAAGGUCGAUCGAUAUAAUACACAUUCCACGUCUCUGACUCUCUCCUCCCUGCAAUGGACCAUUUGCCUCUUGACGCACCACCAUCACCGCCACCGCCUCUACCAUCCCUGCUACCCUUGUACCGACUACCCCGAUCGCCACACCCGCGUUUCCGCAAUACUUCUGUCACGGACGCUUUUGCGCCGCACAAAAGGGUGAACGUGUGUGCGCGCCGAUUAUGAUAUGGAGUUGUUAUAUUUUUUUUUCUCUCUCUCUCUUUUGUACUAUAAUGUUAUGUACACAAUCAUCGUACUCAGCACUCGCGAGGUUUCCAUUCGAGCAUUAUUACCAUCGCGAUAUAUAAUAUAGGUAGUAUAAUGUGUAUAAUACGUAUACGUGCGGUCCUUUGAAACAAGGCUUCCCUUUGCACGCCACAACGACGACGUUUUCGAGUAGAUAUUAAAAAUAGUAUGAAAACCGCGGCGAUCCAGGUGUAUCGUGUAUAUUUUAAUGUUAUAAUAUUAUAAUGAAUCCGUUCAUUCAUUAGGCCAUUAUUGUAACGACGCGCUAACACGUUUUGACAAACGUUUGCAUCGGGUGCUAUAGGUACUAAACUUAUUAUAGGAUAAGUACCUACCUAUAAUCGAUGGUAAUAAUGCCAUUGAACUCCGAGCACAUUGUGUACAAUCACUUAUCGUCGUUUUCGUCCGUGAUCAAGACCAAUCAACUCAUUAACGUUCAAUUUCUCGCGUAAUGAAAAUCCUUUGCGCGGUAUUCGCCGCGGUCAUUGUUGGGCAAUUGGCUUUGCCGUACGCGUCCGUGUACGGGAGCGCCGAUGCUAAACGACUGUACGACGAUCUGCUCAGUAACUACAACAGGCUCAUCAGACCCGUCGGAAACAACUCUGACCGGUUGACGGUUAAAAUGGGUUUAAAACUGUCUCAAAUCAUCGAAGUAAAUUUAAGAAAUCAAAUUAUGACAACAAAUGUAUGGGUCGAGCAAGAAUGGAAUGACUAUAAACUUAAAUGGAAUCCCGAAGAUUACGGAGGAGUAGAUACUCUACACGUACCAUCUGAGCAUAUUUGGUUGCCAGACAUAGUAUUAUACAACAAUGCUGAUGGCAAUUACGAAGUGACAAUAAUGACGAAAGCAAUACUGCAUUAUACUGGAAAAGUCGUGUGGAAACCGCCAGCCAUUUACAAAUCAUUCUGCGAAAUAAACGUCGAGUACUUCCCGUUUGACGAGCAGACGUGUUCUAUGAAGUUUGGAUCGUGGACAUACGACGGAUACAUGAUGGACUUGCGGCACAUUUCACAGGCGCCCGACUCGGACGUGAUCGAAGUGGGCAUCGACCUGCAGGACUACUACCUAUCGGUCGAGUGGGACAUCAUGGGCGUGCCGGCCGUGAGACACGAAAAGUUUUACGUCUGCUGUGAGGAACCGUACCUGGACAUAUUCUUCAACAUUACGCUUCGAAGGAAGACGCUGUUCUACACGGUUAACCUGAUCAUACCUUGCGUGGGAAUAUCGUUCUUGUCCGUGUUGGUGUUCUACCUGCCAUCCGAGUCCGGCGAAAAGGUGUCACUCUGCAUAUCGAUAUUGCUUUCGCUCACCGUGUUCUUCCUGCUGCUGGUCGAGAUUAUACCGCCCACGUCGCUCACCGUGCCCUUGCUGGGAAAAUAUCUACUCUUCACCAUGGUUCUGGUCACGUUGUCCGUGUUUGUCACCGUAGCCGUUCUGAACGUUAACUUCAGAUCACCGGUAACGCACAAGAUGAGACCGUGGGUGGUGAAGCUAUUCAUCCAGAUUCUGCCCAAGGUGCUGUUCAUUGAGCGGCCCAAGAAGGGAGACUCGAUCGACGAGGACGACGACGACGACGAUGAAAAGCACGGUGAAAUCAUGUCGGGCGUAUUCGACGUACCGUCCGAGAUCGAUAAGUACUUGGGCUACAAUCGCGGUUACAAUUUCGAUUAUGAUGUACCUCCACCGCUACCGUCGUCAAGGUACAGCGGUACCAGGACCAGUGGCGUAAGCGGUGGGGCGGGCGUUAGCGCUGGUGCGGGUGCCAUGACCGGGUCUAACGACACGGUGGUGAAUAUGGCGUCGGACGAGGACGAGGACGCGAUCGAGCUCGACGCUGAAGACGAGUACGACGACAUGUUCAGCCCGACGACCACGACAGAUGACGGUCUGGCUAGUCCGACGUUCGAAAGUCAUCACCACCAUCACCAGCACCAACACGGGUGUCCGGUGGAACAGCAGCCCAGGCACGACCCGGCUAUGCAGACCAUCCAGGACGCAAAGUUCAUUGCUCAACACGUCAAGAACCAAGAUAAGUUCGACGAGAUCAUUGAAGACUGGCAAUACGUAGCUAUGGUCUUGGACAGGUUGUUCCUGUGGAUAUUCACGUGUGCCUGUCUCAUUGGCACAGCUCUGAUCAUUUUCCAAGCACCGGCCCUGUACGACAAGACAAAGCCCAUCGACGUUGUUUACUCCAAAAUCGCGAAAAAGAAAUUGCAAGCCAUUUUAUGAGACACCACAACAAUACAAAGCUCAAUGACGUUUUUUAGUAAACAACUUAGUGAAUACAAACAGUUAAUCGAUAACAAUCCUAUAAUUAUGUAUAAAAUAUACUUCGUUUUACUAAUCAUCAAGUUUUUAUUAUACGUUAUGAUUUUUGGUUUUUUUACAAUUGAUUUUUCAUAUAAUAUGGCGUGAAACGUUGUUGCUGAUAAAAUAAAAUAUUAUCAAUUAUCGUUUUACAGUUCAUAUUUUAUUUGUUAUAAAUUAUUUAUUAUAAUUAGAUAAUAUAUUAUUCAAUAUCACCAUUGACCAUGGUGCCAUCAGUUAUUAUAAUAAUAUUGUACAACUUAUUGUUAUUAUUUUAUAUUUCGUUUAAUACCGAGACUAAGAGUAUGACCCGCAUUUGUUUAAAUAUUCAACUACCAAGUUGAAUUUCACUAAAUUAUUCAGAUAAAUGCUUUGUCAUUACAAAUCAUGUCAUUUGGUUUCUUAAAAAUAUACGAAUGAUGUAAUAAAUCCA